UUCUGCUCUCACUCACACACAAAAUUUUGUUUUUCGUUUCUAUGUGUAGACCCUGCUGCUACUUCAAAAUUGAAGCUUUCGAAUUUGAACUGUAGGUAUGCAUACUGUUCUGAAAUUCGUGGUAGAGCCCAUCGCUAAUAUGUGACUGAGCACCCUAGGGUGCUUCAGCAAGCCCGUAUUUAUGGAUCCAAAAUUAAGACGGGGGGUACUAGGUUUCUUUUUGGAGAAAAUGCUGCUAGAGAAGUACCCCCACUGGAAGAAAAACAAGUGCAAGAUAUAAUGGGCAAAUGUGCCGCUGCUCUAGUCUACAUGUUUGGCGCAAGAUUGGCUUAUGGCUACAGGCAGAGGCAGCAAGAGGCACAAUCAAAAGGUGAAAUAAACAAGGCAUUGCCACAGCAAUAUGAUGAAAUGCUUUCAAAAUUAGAGGAAAAGGCAGCACAAGCUGAACUUGAAAUACAAAAGAUGUCUGAGCACUAUGAGUCAAAAUUUUCUGAAUUAGAGGGAGAGCUGGAAGCUCUACGGGCGGAGAGGGCCAAAUUAUUUGUAGUUACUACAGAAAAACCAAUUGCCAAGGUGAAAUCUCUUUGACCAGGGCUUAAUCAUUGGACGUAAUCAAUUCAUAAUGAGUUCUUCUGUAUUUGACUCAUGUAAAAAUUUUUGCUUACGUUUUUUAAGUGUGUAUAUCAUUCAUAACUUUUUAUGGCUA